CUGCUGGGCCAUCUCUGUGGUCCCUCCCAGCCUGACAUCCACACUCAUGCCUAAGUGCCUGCUGAAGAUGCCCCGGAACCAAAUCCGGGAGUUCCUGCAGGUUACCCUAAAGCAAGCCUGGAACCUGGACAAUGAUGUUGUCAUCAAGAAGCUACAAGCCUCGAAGCAUGACCUGGCCAAGAAACAAUGCCUUCUCCUGCCUUCUGAAACAAAGCCUGGCGAGGCCUGCAGCAGGAACCAUGGGCAGAUCCACAACCCUGAGAAGCCUGCCUCUAAAGCCCUGCAAGGUAGGGACACAGCUCAGGACCAGGGACCACCAUGGCAGCCCCCUGAGUCUUCAGAUUCCCUCACCGAGAGCAGCUUUUCUGAACCACCCACCAUCUAUGUUGAUUGGGUAGAAGAUACAGAGGAGGAGGAAAACUCUUCCGAGGAAGACAUCUUUGAAUGCCUCAACCGAGACACACAAGUACAAGCUCAGUUGGCUCCACAUGGGCCCAGCAUCACCAAGACUCCGUGGAGCGUGUGGCACAAGGGAAGGUUACUCCAGUGGUGGAGUCUUCCCAAUCUACAAGCACCAGUGACAGGUGCAGAUGGCCCACUGCUGGAGAUGGGCAGCCAGGAGGGCCUCUGUGCUCCUCUGCAUUCCUCCAAGCCCCUGGCUACAGGACCCACGCAGGCCAUCCAGGCCCCAAGUUCAGGCCUGAAGAUAGCUUCCCUCCAUGACUUCCACCGGAGUACCCUGGAUUAUGGUGACUCUGAUGGGUUGGGGCCUCUCCAAGCCUGACGUCUCUGGUUGGCCACUCCACAGGGCAGCUUCA